AUGUCCGGAGAAAGAGCAUAUCUUGGUCUCUGUAAAAGCAUCAUUGAAAACGGCGAAUUCCGCGAAGACAGAACGGGAACAGGAACAUACAGCACUUUUGCUCCACCACAGCUUCGAUUUUCUCUUAAGGACAAUGCCUUCCCUCUUUUGACCACGAAACGCACGUUCUACCGCGGAGUUGUCGAGGAGCUAUUGUGGUUUGUAGCCGGAAAUACCAAUGCGAAAGACCUCAGCGACAAAGACAUUCACAUCUGGGAUGGCAAUGGAUCAAGAGAGUUUUUGGAUAAACGCGGACUUCACGAGAACCGCGAGGGUGAUCUGGGCCCGGUCUACGGAUUCCAAUGGCGUCAUUUCGGUGCGGGUUAUAAUGGCUGUGACGAGAACUACGAAGGUAAAGGUGUUGAUCAGCUGCGGCAGGUUAUCGAGCAAAUCAAAAGCAAUCCCUUUGACCGUCGCAUUCUUCUUACCGCCUGGAACCCUGCUGCAAUCGACAAAAUGGCUCUGCCGCCCUGCCAUAUUCUGUGCCAGUUCUAUGUGUCCAUGAGAGAUGGCAAAAAGAGCCUGUCGUGUCAGAUGUAUCAGCGCAGCUGCGAUAUGGGACUGGGGGUUCCUUUCAACAUUGCAUCCUACUCACUUCUUACGAUUAUGAUCGCCCACGUUUGCGGGAUCGAGCCUGGCGAGUUCAUUCAAGUGAUGGGAGAUGCCCACGUCUAUUCGAACCAUGUUGAUGCGCUUAAACAGCAGAUCGAGCGUACUCCUGGCGAGUUCCCGAAGCUGUUCAUCAAGCGCAAUGUCACCGAUAUCGAUGACUUCAAGUUCGACGACUUUGAUCUCCAAGGCUAUCGACCUCAGGGGAAGAUUGAGAUGAAAAUGGCGGUAUAG